GAUUUUUGCAUUUUUCUGCAUUUUCACUAUUCCUAAAAACUGUACAAACGAUUUCAGAUUUCACCGACUAGUCUCACUCUUUUGCGUCACCAAUUCCAUCAGCGUUAAUUGCAAACAUUGCUUCCGAUUCGGGCAGACAAGAUGCAUGAGCUAUAAUGUUACCGCCAAUUGGUUUUUUGGGGUCUGCCGCGAACAUAGAAGCACCGUCCACUUGAGCUACCACUUGAUUUGUAAUAACAACAGCUACACCGAACUGCAAAAAAGCAACAUUUUGAAUGAAUUUAAGUGGAAGAGAAAAGGGGGAAUUAUCGGAAAAAAGCGAACCAAUUUUACCGGUCUACUUUAAAGGAAGCAUUCAACAAUCACUGCUAGCAGUUUUCGGUGAAAUUGGUGGUCAGACAGACAUUGAUUUACUGAAAUUUGACCAAGAGACAGCUCGCGGCAUUCUACGGGUACCUGAAAGUCAUUACGUUCGACUGCGGGCGGCUCUAACGUUGAUUUCCAGGUUUCAAGACGUCCCCUGCCGUUUUAGAGUACACAAAGUUUCACCAGUGCUACUGUCACUAAUAAGCUCUCACAUCGAUUUCGACUAGACACAAACCAGUACAUUCGGAAGUUAAUUGCUCGAC